AUUGCAUUCGAAAAUGCUUUCUACUGUAUUUUUACUUGCAACUCUAGCUGCAUCUGCUGCUGCCGAUGGUUAUUCCUGCGCAAGAAACACCCUGAUAAACCCGCCUCAAGACCUUUCCAAGCCCUACUACUACCCGGAGACAUGGCGUGAAAACAUGGAGCCACCACAAUAUGCUCCAAAUCAAAAGUGUAACUGGAAGAUCAAUGUUCCUCAAGGAAUGUACGCAACAGUCAUUUUCUACAAGAAAACCAAGUACGAAAUAGGAAUUCAGUGUGCUUAUCCGGGCAAGGAUCUUGAAUACAUCAAUGACUAUGAGCAAAGUCCAUACAUCUUCACGUCUCCACAGUUUCAGGUUGAUUUGAAAGUUGGCGAUAAGCCAGGAGCAUUUUCCUUCAAGGUUGUCUGGUCAAAAUAUCCUCCGGGAAGUGCGAUGAAUAUUGAACUAGAUGGAAUUCACUCAAUCUCCGGUGUUGCAUCUUCUUUUUACACUACCUACACAGCUAUCAAUCAAGUUAUGAUCGUGGGCUUCUCAGUUCCAGACGUAGAUACUAAUCUUCUCCGUCAAUCAGCUAUUUACGAUGGUGAUUCCGUGAAUGCAAAGUUUCUUGGUAAUCUGUUUGAUGCACUUGAGGGACAGAUUGUGUCAACUGGCAACAAGCUUACGAUCUACACUUUUGGACUUGAGAAUCAAGUGGAUAAUACGCUUUUCAUGGGAUUAGAUACUAAGGCUGCUGGAGACAUUGAACAAUAUACCGGAUUGAACUGUCCCGUUGAUCGAACAAGAGGAUGUUCUAUCAUUCUUCACUCGUAUUUCUACGCAACUGCAGAGGCUCGAAUUUCCAGACAACCAGAUUACUUGAUGCUCCCGGAUAGUUUCCCAUACAAUGCCACUCUCAAAAUCUACGGUGAAACACUCCAGGAUAGCAGCCUGUUUGCAGCAGUAAACAAAUCCAACUACCAGACAAUGUUCCCAAUGAAAGUCACCAAUUCUCUGAAAAUCUAUCACCUGGAUCACGAUAUAGUCUCGAUCGAUGUCACUAAUAAUGCAGAUGAAGCCAAAUGGAGCACCGUGUACGAUGGACGAAAUAUCAAGGUUCAAUCAAUGGAUUACGGUAGAACAAGUUUUUAUCAGGACACAAUGGAAACCUUUACAACUGAACCAAACACCCAAAUGUAUUUCAAAUUCAAUGUGAAGUAUUUUGAUGUGAAUGGACCAACUUCUUUGGCUAUCAAAGUUUACAACAAUGCCAAAAUUGUCUACUCGGAAACCUACACUGCCACAAAUCUGCCAACUCCGUACAACGUGAGAGUCUAUGGAGACAAAAUGGAUAUCAACUAUCAAACUUUUGGAAACUACACCCAAGGAUUUGAAGUUAAUAUUGUCACUACAAAGAAUGAUAUACCCUCGAAUGAUCCAACAAACGCGCCGUCGGCCAUUUCCACCGUAGUCGGAACUUUCACAAAAGGCACAACCCUGAAAUACGAGUCCACGACUAAAGCCGGAAUUCGUCAAUUUUCUGUCUUUUCCGUUUUGAUUUUUGCACUUUUGUUUAUUCUAUAGAAUUAUGAGCAAAGCAUUUUGAAGUUUGUUGUUUGUUGCUGUCUUCAUAAAUAAAAUGAUUAUGGUUU